AAUGGUGGCCUUGGUUUGUCAGAUAUCAUCACCCAAAUUCAAGCUUCAAAGGACUCAGGAAGAUCAUCAUACCGUGGCAAUCUGUUGUCCGAGUCUCAUCCUACCUUUUCAUCCUUGACAGCGAAACGGGUCUCAGACAGAAAUGAGAGAAGUUCUUUUGAGGAAAACAACGAUGCCAGAGAGGCGAGGCGGUUUAUGGCAGGUCAUUUUGACCGACAGCAGAUGGAUACCGCAUAUAGAGAUUUGAAUUUCAGGGAAUCAAGCGCUAGCCAUGUUCCCAAUUUCCAGAGGCCACUUUUGAGGAAGAAUGUUGGGGGAAGAAUGUCCGCUGGGAGGAGGAGGAGUUUUGAUGAUAGCCAAUUGCAAGUUGGUGAUAUGUCAAAUUAUGUUGAUGGUCCAGCUUCCCUGAACGAGGCCCUUAACGACGGACUGAACUCAAGUUCUGAUUGGUGUGCUAGAGUUGCAGCUUUUAAUUUUCUCCAAACUCUGCUGCAACAAGGCCCAAAAGGGGCUCAAGAAGUAAUUCAAAGUUUUGAGAAAGUAAUGAAACUAUUUCUCCGGCAUUUAGAUGAUCCUCACCACAAGGUCGCACAAGCAGCACUGUCGACACUUGCGGAUCUUAUACCAUCUUGCCGAAAGCCUUUUGAGAGCUACAUGGAAAGAGUCCUACCCCAUGUCUUCUCACGGCUAAUCGAUCCUAAAGAGGUAGUUAGACAACCCUGCUCCUCAACCUUGGAAAUUGUCAGCAAAACCUACAGUGUGGAUUCCCUUUUACCUGCAUUGCUUCGUUCACUGGAUGAGCAGAGAUCACCAAAGGCUAAAUUAGCUGUCAUUGAAUUUGCCAUCAACUCCUUCAACAGGUACGCUGGUAACCCUGAAAUUUCGGGUAAUAGUGGCAUCUUGAAGUUGUGGCUGGCGAAGUUGACGCCAUUAACCCGUGACAAAAAUACCAAGUUGAAAGAAGCCUCCAUUACUUGCAUCAUAUCUGUUUAUAAUCAUUAUGAUUCUGCGGGACUGCUAAAUUACAUUCUUAGUUUGUCGGUUGAGGAGCAGAACUCUCUGAGAAGAUCACUCAAACAAUAUACUCCCCGCAUCGAGGUGGACCUAUUAAACUAUAUGCAGAGUAAAAAAGAUAAACAGAGAAUAAAGUCUUAUGAUCCAUCUGAUGCCAUUGGGACAUCGUCUGAAGAAGGGUAUGCUGGUGCCUCCAAGAAGAAUAUAUUCCUUGGACGGUAUUCUGGGGGUUCAGUUGAUAGUGAUAGUGGCAGGAAGUGGAGUUCUUCCCAGGAGCCAACAAUGAUCACUGGUGGUGUUGGUCAAAGUGUUUCCAGUGGAACCCAGGAAAAGCUGUAUCAGAACCUCAGAACUGGGAUCAGUUCUGCUAGUGAUCUGUUGAACACCAAGGAUUCAGAUUACACAUUUGCUUCAGCUGGCCAGAAUUUGAUAUCAAGAACUAGCCCUAAUGGAAGCUCAGACAACAUGGAAAACUUGGAUGAUUUAUCUCCACCACAUUUGGAGAAAAAUGGUCUGAAUCUGACAAGCGUUGAUUCCUUGGAGGGAAGACAUGAAAAUGAGGUCCCUCGCGAAUUAGAUUUAGGUCAGUACAUGCUUGCAUCUAUUAAGGUCAGCCCAACGCCGGAAUCUGGACCUAGCAUUCCUCAGAUUCUACAUAUGAUCAAUGGGAGUGAUGGAAGCCCUUCUUCGAGCAAGAAAUCUGGACUCCAGCAAUUAAUUGAAGCCUCUGUAGCUAACGAGGAAUCAGUUUGGACCAAGUACUUCAAUCAAAUUUUGACGGUUGUUCUUGAAGUGCUCGAUGACGAAGAUUUUUCAAUCAGAGAGCUUGCUCUUUCGCUUAUUUCUGAAAUGCUAAAAAGCCAGAAAGAUGCCAUGGAAGAUUCUGUUGAAAUAGUAAUUGAAAAGCUGCUUCAUGUAUCAAAGGACACUGUUCCAAAAGUUUCUAGUGAAGCUGAGCAAUGUCUGACCACGGUCUUGUCCCAAUACGAUCCUUUCAGAUGUUUAAGUGUUAUUGUCCCACUAUUGGUGACAGAAGAUGAGAAAACUCUCGUCGCUUGCAUAAAUUGUUUAACGAAGCUCGUGGGUAGGCUCUCGCAAGAGGAAUUGAUGGAGCAAUUGCCAUCUUUUUUGCCUGCGGUUUUUGAAGCAUUUGGGAGCCAUAGCGCAGAUGUCCGCAAGACAGUGGUGUUCUGUCUGGUAGACAUAUAUAUAAUGCUUGGGAAAGCAUUUUCGCCGUAUUUGGAAGGUCUAAACAGCACGCAGGUUCGUCUAGUGACCAUCUACGCAAACCGGAUCUCGCAGGCUAGAAACGGUCCCCCUAUCGACGCAGACACCUGACGAGCUGCUUGUAAUCAUCGUUCAUAGGGUUUCUCGUGUGUCUUGGGGUCAUUAUUCAUUAUUGUUUAUUUUGUAUAUGGGUGUGUUUCAUUUUUUUGGGUGUAAUUUUGCAAAUUGGUCUUUUUCCAAUGUUACGGUGUUGUGUGAUUUAUUUUGCUUUGUAUUGGUUUAUUAUCUCCUAAAUUUUAUAAAACUUUGCAUCUGAUUAUUACAAUA